CUCCCUAGUACAGCGGCAGACCGACAAGCAGAUGCGCUGUUAGCGGAGCUACCGGAUAACGAUGAGCGAUAUUUCAAGAUAAUUAACAAAAUAAUAUAUCAAUAGGUAGGUGACGUUAUCUGCGUUGUUUUACCUGAGUAAUGUAAAGAUGGCGAGAGUGCUCAACAACUUGCUCCUGUUUACAAUCAGACUCACGCUGAAGAUCCGAGUUUUAGGGUAUUGGUCGUUGAUAUACGGUUAUUGUGCCCUCUGCACUGCCGUAGCGCUGCUGAAACUUUGGUGGAGCAUCAUUUUAAGGCCGUCAGCCACCUUUCAGUGGGGAAUUCGCGAAACUCCCCCUGCUUGCUUGAAUGACACGUCCUUGGGAACCCACUGUUACGUUAGAAUAAAGGAGUCUGGUCUGAGGUUUCACUAUGUCGCUGCUGGAGAGAGAGGGAAACCGCUCAUGCUGUUUUUGCAUGGUUUCCCAGAGUUCUGGUUUUCCUGGCGCCACCAGCUGCGUGAGUUUAAGAGUGAGUUCCGUGUGGUGGCCGUUGACAUGCGAGGCUACGGGGAGUCCGACUUGCCAUCAUCCACAGAGAGCUACCGCUUUGAUUACCUGGUCACAGACGUCAAGGACAUUGUGGAAUACCUAGGUUACAACAGAUGUCACCUGGUCGGCCAUGAUUGGGGAGGAACCAUCGCCUGGCUGUUCGCCAUCCACUACCCCGAGAUGGUCACCAAACUCAUCGUCCUAAACUGCCCCCAUCCAUCUGUCUUCAGUGAUUAUGCCCUGCGUCAUCCCAGUCAGCUGCUCAAGUCCAGCUACUUCUUCUUCUUCCAGCUGUCUCGCUUCCCAGAGCUCAUGCUCUCCAUCAAUGAUUUCAAGGCACUGAAGGAUCUGUUCACCAGCCGUAGUACAGGGAUUGGGAGGAAGGGUCGGUGGCUCACUGCAGAGGACAUGGAGGCCUAUCUCUACGCCUUCUCCCAGCCAGGGGCCCUCACCGGGGCCCUCAACUACUACAGGAAUGUCUUCAGUUCCCUCCCACUCAGCCAGAAUGAUGUCAAGUCCCCGGUGUUGUUGUUGUGGGGUGAGAGAGAUGCCUUCCUGGAGCAGGAGAUGGCUGAGGCGUGCCGUGUCUACAUCAGGAAUCACUUCCGACUCAACAUCAUCUCCGGGGCCAGCCACUGGCUACAGCAGGACCAGCCUGACAUCGUCAACACACUCAUAUGGACCUUCCUCAAAGAGGGAGAGGGCCGCAAAACCUACAGGAACUGAAUCUAGCUAGGUCUACAUCCCAAAUGGCACACUUUCUUCCUACACAGUGACCUACUUUUGACCAGAGCCCUACGGGUCCUGGUCAAAAGCAGUGCACUAUAUAGAGAAUAGGGUGCCAUUUGGGACACAACCUAAAACAGGGCCUCCUCCCUCCUUCACUCCCUCCCUCCCUCCCCACCAGCCACCCCUACCAUAGAACGGGGCCUCUUCCCUCCUUCACUCCCUCCCUCCGUCCCCACCAGCCACCCCUACCACUAGAAGCCUGGAAUAUUCCUGUGAAAAACCAACCAAUAUAAUGACAAUGCAAUCAUUCUUUAAAUCUUUGCACAUUUCAGAUAUUUUUUUUAUGUCAAAAGAAAGGGAAAGAGAAAAAAAGCACAUUUUAUUGAGAGGACACUGAGUAGUACAGUAGUAUGUUUGACACAUAUUCAGUACUCUUUUGCACAUGACAUCCGCCUUAAAGUUUGUAGGUUACAACAUUACAAAUGUGUGGUAAAAUCUCCUUGUGAGUUUGUAUUGUGUGGUGCCUUUUAAUGUAAUGUUGUAUAAUGUUUUGCGGCGUUGUAAAAUUGUGCCAUGUCUUCUGAGGUUGAGCUGUGGCGUUUGUCUGCUAUAUGUGUAACUGGAUUGCUCCUCACUAUUUUAGACACAAUCCUUUGGGAUCCCUCUUGUCCCACACCCU